AUGGCUUCCAACACGAGUGGAGAGACAGACUAUAAACUAUACCGCUAUACGCCCUCUCUCGUGGCUGCAAUCCUUUUCACAGUUCUGUUUAUGCUUGCAACUUGCUAUCACCUUUACCAGGUUGUUCGUACGCGAGCCUGGUACUUUAUAGUCUUCGUCAUCGGAGGAGCCUUCCAAAUCAUAGGUUAUAUUUGCCGCGCACUAGCCCACAACGACAAAGAGAAUAUCCCGCUUUACUCGAUUAGCACUAUCAUGAUCCUUCUUGCUCCUCCUCUCUAUGCAGCCUCCAUAUAUAUGACUCUCGGUCGCCUCAUUGUGAAUUUGGAUGCUGAGAAGUUAAGUCUGGUCCCGGUGAAAUGGCUCACCAUAAUUUUCGUCUCGGGAGACGUGAUUGCAUUUUUGAUGCAAGCAGCAGGCGGAGGGAUCAUGUCAAGUGGAACUGUUUCCGCAAUGACCACCGGCGAACAUAUCACGAUUGGCGGUCUCGCCGUACAAUUGGUGUUCUUCAGCGUUUUCAUCAUAGCUUCAACAAUCUUCCACUACCGGAUUCGCAAAAAUCCCACUGAGAAGUGUUUUAACCCACUACGCUCAUCUGGAGUACUGCAAAUGGCUACUUGGGAAACUGUCAUGACCGGGCUAUACGUGGCCAGCAUUCUGAUUCUCAUUCGGUCAAUUUUCCGACUCAUUGAAUACGCUCAGGGCAACAGUGGAUACCUCAUCAGCCACGAGGCGUUCUUAUAUGUCUUUGAUUCAACGCUGAUGUUAUUCACUAUGGUUGCAAUGAUUGACUUUGUACUCGAAAGCGGAAGUGAUCAAGUGGAUAACUCGACUAAGGCGGCAACAAAUGUGCUCUCGCCUGCCGGGAGCUUGCAUAGUCAUGCCGACUCCAUUCCUAUACCGGAAAGGCUGUCUCCCGGGUCCUCGCAUACCGCUCCUUUGCCGCAAUUUGGGUUCUCAAACUACCAAGUACAGACGGGAAGUAGUGUUGUUUCGCCAACAAGCCAGGUGGUGGGCACACCUGAACGAUCGAGCCAGCGGCCAUGGCCCCUGAGAGAUCCCGAGGAGGCGCGUUUAUUGCAGCAUUUUGUGGACAAUGUUGCACGCUUUUUUGAUUGCACGGAUCGCCAGCAGCAUUUUGCCAUCCAUAUCCCUUACAGAGCACGCCGUUGCGAGACAUUAUUCAAUGCAAUGUUGGCCAUGUCGGCUCGUCAUUUGAAUCGCACAACGGAUUUUGACCCUUUUGUGUCGGACCGAUAUUACCAAGCAUGUCUGGAGAAGCUGAUCCCCGCAUUGAAUGACCACGGUGUCACAAUGGAUGAUGAUUUGCUAGCUGCUACUGUUAUUCUACGCUUGCUGGAAGAGUUUGAUGUCCCACUUGCCGGGUCCGAUAUUCGAGGCCACUCCUUCGGGACAAAGGCUUUCAUACGGUCUCCAUCAUUGAUGACAACAACCCCAAGUCUACGGCAGGCCGUCUAUUGGAGUGGCCUACGCCAGGAGAUUUACAAUGCCCUUAGCCUCCACCAAGCCCCAGACAUUGAGUUGAGGUCCUUAGACUGGAAUUCCCACUCCAACUCGUUGGGUCCUGAUGCAGGUGAUUGCGCGUGGGCGAAUCAUGCAAUCACUCAUUGUGCACACGUUUUGGUGUUUUGUUUCGGGGAGGGACUCCGUUCACCGGCUGUGCAUGCAGAUCUUAAGGCAUAUAAUCAGCAAUGGAGCGAGACUCGACCGGACUCUUUCGAUCCAUAUUUUGCGAGUGGAGACGGGGAGGUGGGAACUGAAUUCCCAGACAUCCGUUACGGGUGUCCCUGGCAUGCAAUCGGCAAUCAAUAUAUUGAUCUUGCCCAGAUUCUGCUUUCUGUGCAUGACCCAACUUUGCCUACCGUUGGACCUCUGCGCCGGCAUCUGAUCCAGGAGGCUGAUGGGGUUUGGAAAGUAUGUGGCGCUUCAUUAUCCAAUGCUUCUGUGCCCCCAGCCAUGGUUGUCGGGUGCAUGGCCAUCCAUCUCUGCGGCGAUCGCUUCACGGACCCACAUGAACAGGACCAUUUGAUCCAGGUUCUUAUCCAAACCGAUAAACUCCACGGCUGGCCAACCCAUGUGCUCCAGCGACAGCUUCGGGAGACAUGGGGCAUACGUUGA